UUCAUACACCAAUUUAGAAAAUACACACAUACAUAUUUUGGAUCCAGGGAGAGUCUCGAACAAUCUACAAAAUUCAAUAUUAAUUAAUCUUUCAAAUACAUUAUUCAAACAAGAAUAAUAAGAAUGGAAUCCCAGUCAAGAAUUGAAAGUUGGAGGGCACAGGUAAAACAAAUUAAAGAAGCAGAAAAAAAAAAAAGUUUAUUUACCAAAAUAAAACCACGAUUAAUGAGGUACUCAUCUUUUUACUCACAAUUGCCAAUACUUAUGGCUGAAAUUCAACCGAAUGAAAUGUCAUUGAUAAGAAAAACAGAUGAUACAUGUAGAGGAAUAAAAAAAAUGCUUGAAAAAUCAUUUCCAAAUUGUGAAGCAAUACCAUUUGGUUCAUCAGUAACUGGGCUUGCAUUGAUUGACAGUGAUUUAGAUGUUUAUUUAUUAACAAAUGAAUCAAUUGUUGAUGACAAUAAUAGUCAAACAACAAUACAUGGUACAGAAAAAAUAUGGACUCAAAAAUUAAUAUUUCGUGAAGUUAAAACUUGCCUUUAUAAAAAUCGAAAUAUAAUUAAAAAUAUUGUACCAAUUGGUUCAGCAAUAACACCAGUUAUUAAAUUUCAUUAUAUACCAACAGAUACUGAUGUUGAUAUAACAUUUAAAAAUAGUCUUGGUGUACAUAAAAGUAAUUUAAUUAAAUUUUGUUUAAAUCUUGAUUCAAGAAUAAAACCAUUAAUUAUGAUUAUAAAAUUUUGGGGUAAAGAAUUACAUCUAACUGGGGGACGAAAAAUUACAAAUUAUUUUGUAUUAAUGAUGAUAUUUUAUUAUUUACAACAACCUGAUAUAUCAUUGAUACCAAAAAUUAAUGUACUACAAUCAAAUUGUGAGAAAAUUAUUUAUGAAGGAUGGCAAGUUAAUUUUAAUCAAGAUUAUCCAAAAACAACAUCAAAUUGUAACAAAACAAUUUCACAGUUGUUAUGUGGUUUUUAUAAAUUUUAUUCUACAUUUGAUUUUACAUCAAGAGUCAUUUGUCCACUUUAUGGAACAGCACCAUUGAGAAAUGAUUUUUUAAACUCAACACUAGGUCAAAAAUAUAAUUUUGAUUUUUCUGGGCUAACUGAAUCAGCAUCUCUUCAUGAUCCAAUUAAAUUAGAUUAUGUCAUAAAAGGUUGGUCACCAAUAAGACUUAAUAAUUUUAUUGUUGCUUGUAAACAAGCAUAUGAAAAAUGUUGUCAAUCAUCUGAUAAUUCUUUAGAUAUGUGUGUAUUAUUGGACAUGACAUUAUAUGAAAAUUUAGUACAACCAGUUCAUGAAAAUUUGAUUCAUCAAGAAGAUAUUUAAAAAUUUAAAAUAUAUAUUAAUGUUUAUGUCAAUUGUCAUUAAUAUUAAAUUACACAUUAAUAUAAUAAAUUUUUGAUACUUAAUAAAUGUUAAAUAUAUAAUUAAUAAAUAUAUUUUAUAACUUACGUUUAUUGGAUGGAUAAAUAAAGAUGAAAUCACCUAA